AUGUUAGGGCGGUGGUUCUACAAAAGGCGUGAAGAUACUUUAAAUCUGCAGACACCAUACAGCAAGGGAGUUGAGUAUAUACUGGCCAUCCGUGAACAUUACGCUCAGUCAAUGGAUGUUCAGCGGAUAGAUGCAACUAGUUUCCAUGUUGCUUCUGGACGUUCGCACUAUGUAGUUGAUCUAGAACAGGGUAAAUGUGAGUGUGGAGUGUUCCAAGUCGAGAAAAUGCCCUGUACACAUGUCCUUGCAGCGCUUGCCUCAGCUGGUGUGCACGUCUCACACCAUACAUGUGACACAUACUCGCAGGAAUGCUUGUAUACGACCUACGCCCAUCCUAUAUAUCCUGAGGAGGAAAUUGACAACCACAAGAAGAAGAGCGAGCGGUGCCGACCUCCAAAACCGAAGGAUGGGCCUGGUC